GGGCUCUGGAGGUGGCCCUGUGUGCCCAUCAGAAGGACUGGACGUGGCAGGCAGCCCUGGGAGGGAGGAGUGAUCCUCAGGGUGCCAGGGGGUGAGGAGCACACUGGCUGCACAUGGAGGGUGGAGGGAAGCUACUCUGCCUCCUGGGCCCCCACGCCAACAGCACCAACAUUUGCAGUAUUUAGAAAUCUUUGCUAUACAGGGUACGGCGAGGGAAGGAAAUGGCCCUCAAAUCCCCAUGUGUAGCUGUCUCUAAAGAGCUUUUCCGUGACAGGAUUGCUUUCCCCAUUUCACAGGUGAGGAAACUGAGGCCUAGUGGGGACAGGAAGCUGCCUAAGACACAGCUGGAUUUUCUCCUUCCCACUCCCCUUUAAUGGGUGCCUGCCAGCCAACCCCUUCAGUGGAAAGCUACGGGCAGUGGCUUUGGUGGCUGGAUUUGAUUUUUAGUCUAAGCCCUGGGUUCAUGCCCAGCUUUCUCAAGUCUUUACUAGAAUGUCCAGCCAAGUCUAUCAUUCCUGGAGUCUCACAGGGUCUCCAGGCUAACAUCACCCUGCUUCUGGCCUGGCACCAGCUGCCUGACAGGGACAGCAGAGCUGGAAGGGCUGGGGCCACUGAGGCCAGAGCCACUUCCCGUCACCCAUUUUACAGAUGAACUGACUGAGGCAGGUGCCUAGAAGUGCUCACAGGGAACUCUAGACCCCAGGAAUCCCUGCCACCAGGAGCCCAUUACAUCAGAGAGCACGUAGGCCACUGUCGGUCUUGCCUGGGCACCCAGCACAAUAUAAGGAACCUGUCCCUAGACACCCGUCAUCUUGUCAGCAGGACAGACUUCUCAGAUGGAGAAAGCAAGGCCUGUAAUGAACUUGCCUGCAGACUCACAGGUGGUUGGGACAGAAGGCACGGCUCCUCAAGGGGAGAUGGGAAGUAAACGAGGUAUGCGAGCUCUAGCGUGCUCAGGCGUGUGCAGCCCUGAGCCAGCCCUGGCCCUGCUCUGUGCCUCAGUUUCCCACCUGUAUAAGGUUAGAUGGAGGGUCCCUGAGAGGCACCCACUGGACAACUGCACAGAGUCACUUGGAGAAUGUCACAGGGUUCCUUUCACCAGACACAGCAAGAGCUGCCCCUGCAGAAGCAUGGCCCCAGCUGACCUCACCUCUCCCCGGGCCAGGCCAGCUCCAGGAGGCCCUCGCCCCUGGAAUGGGGACAGGCUCUGGCCACACCCAGAGACAUAGAUAGGACUGUUCGAGUAGCAGUGGCCCCACUUCUGUCUAGGCCACAGGCAGCAUAGGGGUCAGGCAGGCCAGAGUUCAAGUCCCAGCUCCACUCCCGUGUUCUACUUGCGGCUCCCUCGGAUGCUGCUAAGAAGGAGCCUCGGAGCAUGGCAAGCGCCGAGCACCCUGGGAGCCCCGGAAGGACAGGACCUGUAACCCAGUGCACGGCAGGGACCAAGCCGGAAGCGUCAGCCGCUGGCCCCGACCUCCCGCAUCCAGGACCCGAUGAGGACUCAGAUGCCGACAGCAGCCCGAGCCUCAACUCCAGCAUGACCACGCGGGAGCUGCAGGAGCACUGGAGAAAUGAGAAGCGCUGCUGGAAGCCAGUCAAGCUGCUCUUCGAGAUUGCCUCAGCCCGCAUCGAGGAGAGGAAAGUCUCCAAGUUUGUGAUGUACCAAGUCGUCGUCAUCCAGACAGGGAGUUUUGACAGCAACAAAGCCAUCCUGGACCGGCGCUAUUCAGACUUUGAGAGGCUCCAGAAAAACCUCCUGAAGUCGUUCGGGGAGGAGAUCGAAGAUGUCCCCUUCCCCAAGAAGCACCUGAUGGGGAACUUCACCCAGGAGAUGAUCUCUGAGCGCAAGCUGGCCUUCAAGGAGUACCUGAGCCAGCUCUAUGCCAUCCGCUGCGUCCGUCGGUCCCGCGAGUUCAUCGACUUCCUGACGCGGGCCGAGCUGAAGGAGGCCUUCGGCUGCCUGCGGGCGGGGCAGUACACCAAGGCCCUGGACAUCCUGGUGCGCGCGGUGCCCCUGCAGGAGAAGCUGACGGGCCACUGCCCCGCGAUGGUGGUCCCGGCCCUCUGCGCCACGCUGGUGUGCCACCGGGAGCUCGAGCGCCCGCUGGAGGCCUUCGCCGCCGGCGAGAGGGCCCUGGAGCGCCUGGGGGCCCGGGAGGGACAUCGUUACUUCGCGCCCCUGCUGGACGCCAUGAUCCGCCUGGCCUACGCGCUGGGCAAGGACUUCGUGUCCCUGCAGGAGAGGCUGGAGGAGAGCCAGCUCCGGAAGCCCACCUCCCGGGGCUUCACCCUGAAGGAACUGACCGUCCGGGAAUAUCUGUGAUGAGAUGCCCUGGCAGGCCAGCCAGCUGUGGGCUCACCAUCGCUCUGAGGGCUGUUUGGAGCUCCUUUGGGGCGGGAAGAGCCACUUUGGGCUCUAGUUUGCUGGUCACCUUGGACAAGCCACUCCUCGGGUCCUCCAUCUCCCCAUGUGUGUUGAGCAGAGGUGCUCCCAGGCAUCCUUGGGCCUCUGGUGUGUCUUGUGUCCCUUAGAUGCCAGGCCCACUUCAUCUCAAAACCACAAACCCAGCUGCCAAGACACUGGAGGGUAAGAGUCAUCUUACCGAUGUUUUUGUAGGUAGCUGGAGGAGAGAGGUUUCCACGGUGCACCAUGGACAUGGCUUAAUCCAGGUCCUUGCAAACAGCCCUCUCCAGCUGUCACGGGUCCUUCUCUCUGCUCCUUUCUCCUCGGAGCUGCUACCUAAGCAAACAGCAACUGUUCUCACCCAUUAUCCUAAGUAUUCUGACUUCCUUCUUGGCGCGUAGACCCAACUCACAAAACCAAAUCUCACCUCCUACCCCUCAAAGCCAGCUUGGCCCCUGGGGUGGGGUGUCUUGUCAUCCUUUGAAGGAUGGGAGGAUACUGGGCUAGAAGCAAUCACGUCAUAAGAGUCUAUGAUACAAGGUAUCUUUUACAAGGGCAGUUGGCAACAAUUCCUCUAGUUCAGAUGCUAUAACUCAUUGCCUAGGGGUAGAUUUUCAUGUAUAAGGCAACUGUUUCUUAAUGGCCUCUCUGGGUUGUGUAGACAUAGCCCUGAAGGGAGGUGGGAGAGAAUACUCAUGGGGACCUUGGGGCAGAAAAGAGAUGAAUGCUCAACACUUCCCGAUUUGAGGCACAAUGUUCUUGGAAGCUCUCUGACAGAUGGGGGGUGACCCUGACUGAAGUCUGCUGUCAGGAGGGAUCACCAAGGGCCCCAAAGUCAAGAGGAGCCUGGCCCUAUGACCUGGGUUCCACACCGGACCGGAAGCAGGUGGUACAAGCUGGUUUGGACCAAAUAUGUAUUUGAGGCUGGAAGUCCCUGAAGACCUAAACCAUCGGGCUGAGCUUAGCAGCGGGUACUGAAGAGGCUGGGACUUGGGAACCUUAACGUGAGGCGCCACGUUGGCCUGUGCCGGGAGCUGGCUUAGAAAUGGAAACGUCGGAGCCUGGGGACCAGGGGUCACUAACCGGCACCAGUUGUGUUCAACAGCGACCCCGUGUGGUCACAUCUGUAAUGGCCCCAUCAGGCUCUGUGCCGGAGGUUAGAAACAGGCUGACACCCUGGGACAAAGAAAGCCUUCAAGUGUCUCUAUUUGCUCCAGGGGAAGGACGCUUCGAGUGGGAAAUAUUGGGCUCCUUGAAAAUUAAAGUGUUAAAUGGAAAAAUAAAAGUGCUACAACUCUA